AUGGGGUCAAUCGGCACCCGAGUCAUGGCUGGGCCAAAGUUGCCCACCGUCAAACUCGACACGACCAUCACCGAGCUCUACAAGCGCGCAUGUCCUGAUGAAGCAGUCACCAGGCUGGGCUGGGUCCCUUGCGGCGUCACCAGCGGCGUCGACCUCACGCCGGACUUCCCACGCAACACCAAGUUCAUCUACCAGGACCAGGCCUUCAUCACGGCUUCUCGGCACGAGCUGAGGAACGGGAACGGCAAACUCCAAUGGUCGCUCGCCAAGAAGUACCUCAGCCACAUCUCUCAGCGCGACGCCUUCGUCUCGGGCAACGCCCCGGUGAUCCUCUUCAAUCUCGGCCAGACGCCCGAGCAGCGCGAGCAUGAUCGACGCCAAGCGGAGGCCACCAUCUCGGUGCUCGACCCUUCGCAGCGGCCGGAGCUGAUCUUCUGCCCGGGGCCGGCUCAGAUCCCCGUUAAAGAGCACGGCAUCGAGCGCCUCCAGUACAAGGUCGUCCUCGACGACCUGCAGCGCUACCCUCUUACUCACGACCUCGAGACGCACUGGGUCCUCAACAGCAAGGCCGAGUUAGCCCGCUCCGGCCUGCCCACGCCACGCGCUGACAUCAUCGAGACCGACGGCUACCCUCCCGAUCCCAGCUCCUGUUGCAGCCUCUGCGCCGAGGCCGCCCGCGACAUCUCCCACCUGCCCACCAUCCCCGCGGAAUGCACCGGCCCGCGCGGGCAGUGGUUCGAAGAACAAACAACCCGCAUCCUCUCGGCCGUCCGUAACCGGCCCAUCCCCUUCGUUUUCAAGACCCAACAAGCCUUCGGCGGCGCUGGCACGUGGCUCGUCACCUCCGAAGACCAGAAGGCGGACCUCUCUUCCCUCACGGGUACUACUACUAAAGGCCUCCUCCGCAGACUCCUCUCCCUCCUCACCCCAGCCAACACCCACCUGCGCCCAGCCAGCAUCCUACUCACCGACCUCGUCCCGGACCCUGUAGGCGACCACGGGCUGACAUUCAUGGUCACCCGGUCCGGCUCGGCCGAGUUCCUCGCCGCGGCCGAGCAGAUCAUCACCGACGACGGCUCGUCCGCCUGGGUGGGCAGCACGAUCCACUACGGCCGCCAGGACGCGCUGCGGGAGCGGUUCGCGCCGCUCAUGGCGCGCAUCGCGCGGUGGGUGGCCAAGCACGGCUAUGUCGGCCCCGUGGGCGCCGACGUGCUCGAGUCCCGCGAGGGGGGCCAGUUCUUCAUCGUCGACUUGAACGUGCGCGUGAGCGGGUCGGUUUCCCUGCCCCUCUUGCGCGGGCAUUUUGUCGGGCGCGGGCUGGAGUGCGCGAGUAGUUUCUCGAUUGUGCUCCGCGGGGGCAGGGAGGAGUUUGUGAACAAGUGGAGGCGGCAGUUUGAGGAGGGGAGGAUGGUGAUUAUGAGCUGGUAUGAGGAUGGUACUGCUAGUAGUAGUAAUGGUGGGGACCCGGAGAGUAUUGCGGAUGUGGUGGUCGGAGGGGAGGAUGAGGCGAGGUUGAAGGAGUUGGUCCAGGCUGUUAGGGAGAGUACGGAGGACGUGACGUUUUAA